CCACCAAAUUUUAAAGAAACAGUUACUGAAAUGUUACGUUACGGUUUUAUGUUAUAAAAGCGUCAUGUUUCAAAUCGUCAGUUUACGUCACCUGUAAAUCAAAUUUAUAUUAAAGGGAAUCUGGCUCUGAGGAUGGCACUGGUACCCUAUGAACAGAGUUCUCUGCCGGUGCUCUCUAAACUUCACAAGGCUUCGGCCGAAUUCCACUUCGCAAACCACCGCGUGCGCCUGUCCCAGGACUGGAACCGGCUUGGAGUGGCCGCCGUGGUAUGGGACGCAGCUGUGGUGCUAUGCAUGUACCUGGAACUGGGAAAGACGGAGCUGUUGGGCAAGGCAGCCAUCGAGCUGGGUGCUGGCACAGGACUGGUGGGCAUCGUGGCAGCAUUGCUAGGCGCUAAAGUAGUGAUUACAGACCGGGAGCCAGCCAUGGAGCUCUUGCGCACCAAUGUACAGGAUAAUAUACCUCCAGAGCAGCAGGGGGCAGUGAUGGUGUCCGAGCUCACCUGGGGAGAGGGCCUGGAACGCUACCCGGCAGGCAGCUAUGACGUCAUCCUGGGGGCGGACAUCGUGUAUCUGGAGGAGACGUUCCCUGCGCUGCUGCGGACCUUGGAGCACCUGAGCUCUGACAGGACGGAGGUGCUGCUGGCGUGCAGGAUCCGCUACGAGCGGGACCUGGCCUUCCUCGACAUGCUGCGCCAGAGCUUCACCGUGCAGGAGGUCCACUACGAUGAGAAGAGGGACAUUCACGUCUACAAGGCCAUGAAGCACAAGGCCAAGGAGGAGCUCUGACAGGGCCUCUCCUGAACAGCUCAAAGACUGAGCACUUUGGGUGUGAGUUGGCAGAUUCAUUGACAUGGGUGAUUCGAUGUGGCAGUCUCAGUGGCAUUGGAGAAUUAAUGCUUAACCCUUUUUAUGGAAAACAAACAUAAAAGGUUAUGUUAUGAAUGAAUUGUACUAUAAAUGUCAUUGUUUCAAGAUUUAAGUCAGAACCUGGCGUCACAACCCAGAAAUAGUGCAGUCAAGGCUGAAUGCUCAUGAUAGAAUGGACAGUUAUGUAAAAAUGCUCUUAAAUUCACAACACUAAAAAUUAAGCUGACCUUAGACUUGCUCCUCUACUGUCUCCUGAUUUACCUCCUCUCAAAGGGGAGGAACAAGAUUUUCAAAAGCAAAUACAAGGAGCAGUAAAGGGUGAUGUCUAACACCUGGGUAAUGCAGUAUGGUUCGUUUUGACGGGGCUCCAUGAAAAAUGGAAGAAGGGCCAUCAUACAUCAGGAGGGGGAGCAACGGUUUUCAACUGUCCAGAUGGCGCCAUUAAACUUUAUGCGUUUUGCCAACACUUUUAGUUAAUUUUAUAGAGAGAGCAACGACAAUAAACAAAAUGAGGGUACUUUAAAGCAGUUUUAAUGUGGCAUUACAUUAGUCUAUAAAAGGCUGGUACAACAGAUUAUUGUCACAGAGGGUGGUAAAAGAGGAGGGUGGGCACAGAGGUUAUUGAUGGUAAUGCGGAAGCAGUGAGUCUUUUGAUCGUCAGUUAGUAAAUACACUACUGGAACACAAAAAGCUGCUGCUAAUAGGAUUACAGUAUGUACAAUAUAGUGUUUAAAAAUGAUACUCGGCAAAACUGGCAUUACACAAACUGCACAAAAGGUUUAAAAAACCAUCUUCCCUACAUGGAGCUUUGCAAAAAAGUCAUUCCACUGCCAGAAAUAUUUUUCCGUUUUCCCCUGACAAGUGUUUU